UCAAUAUCUUCUAAACAUGAAUUCCCAUUAUCUAGCUCUCUCUCCCCUCAUCACCCUAUUCUUCCUCUUAACAAUAUUACCUCCAUCUUACAGCAACGCCGUCGAAUAUUUUGUUGAGUGCAGUCGUACCUUUGAUUGUGGAUGGAUCAAAAACAUUCCGUACCCUUUCUGGGGUGGUAAUCGACCUGAAUUUUGCGGUAGUCAAGGGUUCGAGCUCACGUGCCGCGACAAUGAAUACCCAUACCCAAUUAUCAGAAUUAAAGAACUAGAGUUCCUUGUACUAAACAUCAGCCAAUCUCAUCCUAUCAUGACCAUUGCAAGAUUGGACCUCUGGGAUAGUCUAUGUCCUCCAACGUUAGACAAUACCACUUUGGAUUUUAAUUACUUCAAUUAUUCCACACCAACCGAUCAAAACCUAACUUUGUUCUAUAACUGCACUUCUCGAGUUAGAGGAUUGGAUAGAGCAAACUUUCCCUGCCCCUUAGGAGGAGUUGGUGCUACAGGUAAUACAACUAAUUACUUUGUAGACGAAUUUUCCCUGAAGAUCCCCGAGCUUCUUAAGGAAUGCAAUACAAGUAUUAAAGUACCAAUUUUACGGACUGCUCUCAUUGGCGCUGUGUGGGAAGCCCUGCCACUACCAAAGGUAUUGAAACAAGGUUUUGAUGUAGACUACCUUAAUGCCUUGUCGACCUGUUGGGCGUGUGUGGCAUCAGGUGGGAUAUGCAAUUCUGCCUCCUCCUCACAAUCAUUUGUCUGCUUUUGCCGUGAUGGAGAGCAACCAAGGGUCUGUUCAAGUAACGGUAUGCUUGCUCGUUUCUCUUCUCACUUUUGGAUUAGGCUGAAACACAUAUUUCUUGUUCUUUGCUUAGUUUUGCUGGUAUAUAGUUCACAUAAUUUCAUAGUUUAACAGUUCUCUUUGGCUUUGGGUAGUCGGCAUAGUUAACAAUUGCACAGCAUUCUCAUGGUUUGUAAUUGUUUGCUUUACGUAAAUGUGGGUCCAUUUAGUAAGCAAAAGACUUGAUCCUCAUUUUAGUCUAAGGCAUGCUUUUAUAAGUUGUCAUAAUCUUUUAGAACGGUGGAA